AAAGGAGCUUCCUGAAUAGAAUGAGACCAAAAAUUUGAUGAACUUGCAAUCACAUUGCAUAAUCAACACUCUAAUUAAUGUGACCCAUUUAUUAUUUUGAUUUGCAUUGACUAAUGUAUGGUUAGGUAGGUGGGUAUUUUCAGAGUUUACAAGGGCCCCAUGACAAUAAUUUAAAGUGAAACACAGUAGUCCUUUUGUUCACUUGUAUGAAUGUUGUAUACAAGAGGAACUUGAUGCUGAGUACUACCACCCUCGAUACUUUGUCUUCUCACUGCCUUGCCUCCAUGGAAUUGGACAUUGGAGUCACUCACUCAGAUCUGAGUCUUGAGUCUUGGUUUGCAGCUGAAACUUCAACUGGGUACCUUGAAGAUGUUAUUGCAGGUUGGGGUAUUUGGUGCAAGCAGCACAACUUACCAUCCUACUCUCAAGAUCAAAAGGUUAACUAUAAAACACAAUAUUUGGUUGAUCAGAAAGACUUGUUUCCAGCAUUCUCUUCAACAGCUCAAAUCCUCCACGAGCAUAACAACGUCAGCACUAUGAAGCUACCAUCAUUGCAAAAUGAUAAACAUGGAGCUGCUCAGGAAAGCUAUGCAUCUAGAGAGUCAGAUGAAAGUGAUGCUUCUGUCAUAAGGGGGCACCGGAAGAAAAUAGCUUAUCCAUUUGAGUUGGUGAAGCCAGGAGGAGUUGAAGGGGAAACGACCCUGAAAGAUAUAAAUCACCAGAUGCUGAUGAGUCCAUCAAAGCCAAUUCCACACCCUGUGGGAGACUCUCUCACUCAUUCAUGCAUUCCAAAUCGUGCCUUUGGUAUUUCAGGUAAAGCAGUGGCAGCCCUUACAAGGAUUCAAACUCAGGGUAGAGGAUCUAUCACCAUUAUCAGAACCAAAGGUUGAUUGAUCUCAACUGAAGUGAAACUUCACUGUUGUAUAAUAUCUUAAAUUUUGUGUUAUACUCCUCCUAGUCAUCGUUUCAUAGUCUAUACCAUAGUUUGCAACCAUGUAUUAAAAAAACAAAAAAGAAGGGUUUACGAGGCAUAAUGCUAAUUUGAAAUUUUGAAUGGUGAAUUCAUCUA